GGGGAGAUUUGAACCCUGGUCUGGUUCCAGAGCCUGGCGCUCAACGGCUUUGCCCCCCCGGAAGAGGCACUCCCUCUUCUCUCCCCCCCCUCACCUUCCUUCCCCCUAAAUGUUCUGGGAACUUUGAGGCCUGUGUCUCCACCCUGCAAAGACAAUUCCUUUCAAAAGUCUAAAAUUUGACAGAAGCAGCUUUGGAGGUCAGGGGAGAGAUAGGGCAGAGGAGAGGACAGGACCAAGUAGCCCUAUUUAAGUGGCAGGUGCUUACUAUUGUUGCCAGGUGAAGUUAAUGCAGGAAGCCCCGUUCAGUUUCUAAAACCUCACUCAGAUCCGUUCCCCACCCCCACUGCAAGCCCAGAGUACAGUGAGGCCAGCUGGGGUGGGGGGUGGGGGGAACCUGAGAAUCUGAGCCCCCUAAGAAUCUGAAAUUAACACCUCUACCACCCACCACUCACCCACCCUUCUAUCUGGGAAUAGCCAGCCUUGGGCAAGAGGGAGGAAGGGUAGAGCACAGCUGUGUGACCUUGGAUAAAUUCCUCAAAUUUUCUGAUCCCAUAGGCAAAGGAGCUUCAACUCAAUCCAGAUCUCCUUGGGUCAUCCUGGGGCUCUGGGUGGGGACAAGCAGGCACAAAUACAUGAAUACCCCUUGCCCCUGCCAUUCAGAUAAGUAAAACAAGGGCAUACAACUUAGCAGCCAUCAUCACAAAGCUCUGCUUCGGGCCCUGACUCCUUGCUGAGCCUGAGUCUCCUUGCAGGUAGAAUGGACAUGGGAGGACCACACUCCAUUCAUACACACACACACACACACACACACACACACACACACACACGCACGAGGCUUGUUGCUAGGUCAGACUGAGCAGAAUGCUCCGUUGCCAUGCUGAUUUGCUCUGUCUCCCUGCAGACAGAGGCCGCGAGCCAUGGGUGACUGGGGCUUCCUUGAGAAGUUGCUAGACCAGGUCCAGGAGCACUCGACUGUGGUGGGCAAGAUCUGGCUGACAGUGCUCUUCAUCUUCCGCAUCCUCAUCCUGGGCCUGGCUGGAGAGUCCGUGUGGGGCGAUGAGCAGUCAGAUUUCCAGUGUAACACAGCCCAGCCGGGCUGCACCAACGUCUGCUACGACCUGGCCUUCCCCAUCUCCCACGUGCGCUACUGGGUGCUGCAGUUCCUCUUUGUCAGCACGCCCACCCUGGUUUACCUGGGCCACGUCAUUUACCUGUCCCGGAGAGAAGAACGGCUGCGGCAGAAGGAGGGUGAGCUGCGGGCCCUGCCAGUCAAGGACCCACACGUGGAGCGGGCUCUGGCAGCCGUAGAACGUCAGAUGGCCAAGAUCUCCGUGGCAGAGGAUGGUCGCCUGCGGAUCCGUGGGGCGCUGAUGGGCACCUAUGUGGCCAGCGUGCUGUGCAAGAGCAUGCUAGAGGCAGGCUUUCUCUAUGGCCAGUGGCGCCUUUACGGCUGGACCAUGGAGCCUGUGUUUGUGUGCCAGCGUGCACCCUGUCCCCACUUCGUGGACUGCUACGUCUCCCGCCCCACGGAGAAGACCAUCUUCAUCAUCUUCAUGCUGGUGGUUGGAGUGAUCUCCCUGGUGCUCAACCUGCUGGAGUUGGCGUACCUGCUGUGCCGCUGCCUCAGCCGGGGGAUAAGGGCGCAGCAAGGCCGGGACACAACCCCCGCCCAGGGCACCUCCUCAGACCCUUACCCUGAACAGGUGUUCUUCUACCUCCCCAUGGGUGAGGGGCCCUCAUCGCCACCAUGCCCCACCUACAACGGGCUCUCGUCCACUGAGCAAAACUGGGCCAACUUGACCACCGAGGAAAGACUGGCUUCCUCCAACCCGCCGCCGCUCUUCCUGGACCCACCUCCCCAGACUGGAAGGAAAUCCCCCAGUCGUCCCAGCACCUGUUCUUCCAAGAAACAGUAUGUGUAGGGGCCUGGGACUUAUGACAUUCAAAAGAGGGGUCCUGAGAAAUCCGACUGCUGUGGAGGCCCCCUCUCCAGGGCUCUGCAGAGAUGGCCGGGAUGAGGAUACUGUCUGGCCAGGGGGCCCCACUGCAGGUAGUUCUUGGUUUCCUGGGGUCUUCCUGGUGACCAGAGGGCACUAUGGCUUCCACACUCCCGGGCACAGACAGAGCUAGCCCAGGUGCUUUUGGACAAGGGUGUUGUGGGCCUUUUCACCUAUCUGGAGAGACCCAGAGCCACCUUGUUCUAUACCUACCCUUCUGGAAGAGUGGCCUUUACCUAGGUUGUCCUCUCAACCUCUCCUCACAGGGAAAGGCUAAUGGAGGCUGCUGGGUCAGCCUUGAUCACACAGUCAGACAGAACCUGUGCUGGCUCUGGCCCUGUCCAGGAGACUAGUGCCUUAUUUUUGUCACUCUUUCCUUGUUCCACUAUUUGUGCUUCUAAAAUAAAUGGGACUUGGUCACAA